CUCCGUGAACACAACUCACUCACCAUGCCUCAUUCUAGCCAGAAGCGAGCAAUUGAUCGGGGGCAGGGGAGGCUAGAAGCGGCACGUGAAGAGUCAUACAGCACAAAGAAACGCGUCCAGGGCCGAUUCCAAUGCCAUGCGGCUCUGAGAUUGACCAUAACGCCAGAUACCAUUGAGUUCCCCCAACUUGUCGCUUCGAUCUCAAAACCUGUCACUGGUACUAGGGCAUCGGCAAGAAAUCGCAAGGUGGCCAACCAUUACUGGCGGCUGCACUCACGAGAUAACAAGGGACUAAGGCCAUGCUACAAGGUGAUUGGUGCACGGACCAAUCGGGAAGGCAGUGUCGCAUGUUUGGGAUGUUGCACGCUAGCGCUGUGCAUGGGACAUGUUGCCUGAACGGUGACAAGACUCAUAAUCCAACAUGUACAGGCAAGCCGCAGUACUAAUAAUAUGUCGCACUGAACCCCCACCCCUAUGCUUUUCUCCAACAAUGCUCACGGCACUCUCGACCCCCCGUUGUUCGCCUCAACUUUUCAAGUUCCUGACACUGCGACAACUCUAUGACCCCUCACUUUCGGUUGUCAUUUCAUUAUGUUUUUGCAGCGCUCCAGUCAUAUUAUCGUGUCGACUAGUCAAUAUAUAAUCCUUCAUCC